CAUCUUCUUCUUUGCAUAUUGUCCAGACCAUAGAGAGAGAGAGAGAGAGAGGAAGUACGGUCGAUGAUGGCCAAUCUCUUCAUUUUAAAGUUCCCAAGUUUCAGUUCCAGCUUGAGGACUGUCUCUGCUUCAGCUUCAUCAAAUGGUGCUCAUCCGCUAUCAGCAGGGAGUGGCAACGGCAGUGGGCCAAUGAUCCUGGAGCUUCCUCUGGAGAAGAUACGGAGACCUCUAAUGAGGACCAGAGCUAACGAUCCUGAUAAAGUCAAAGAACUAAUGGACAGUAUACAAGAAAUUGGGCUUCAAGUACCAAUUGAUGUACUUGAAGUUGAUGGAGUUUAUUAUGGUUUCUCUGGUUGUCAUCGCUAUGAAGCUCAUCAACAUCUUGGACUUCCUACAAUCCGCUGCAAAAUUCGUCGUGGAACUAAAGAAACCUUGAGGCACCACCUACGUUGAAGUUUCAAUAGGUUGUCUUGCCUUCUGGUAGUAGAUUUGCAAGUUCCAUCAAACUAUUUAUUGUUUGUUUAUUCUACAAAAAGGCUAUUACUGAAUUCUUAAAGCAGACAUACUGUGUAUAUAAUCAAUCAUUGGAAAUAUUUUCAAUGUCAAAGUUUAGUUGUAAAUAAAGUAAACCAUUACUUAUAGAUUCAUUUCAUUC